GCACGUGGGAGAUUAAUCAUGGCAUGCUGCGCGUGAGAGGCGUUAUAUAGGCUACCUGUGCACGAGAGGCUACUACCGCAGGAUGACCAACCCCGCGUGCGUCAAUAAACAACAUUCAGAUCUAUGGGGGGGUGAACAGGAGCGCGAGCGCAGGGUGAAAACUUAAAGGCGCUGCCCUUGGUGCUGACGGCGUACCCCCCCUUCUCUCUCUCUCUCUCUCUCUCUCUCUCUCUCUCCACCCUCUCCACCUCCUCUACCCUUCAGUCCGUGCAGGAGAGCGUCAUCUUCACAACGACCUCUUCAUACCUGAGCUCACGUGUGUGUGUGUGUGUGAACCCGGGGACGAUAUGGGAAGUCAACAGUUUCAGCCAGCUCGUUCAGUCUGCGCGAGAACGUGGACGAAGGACUUGUGGAUUUAAAUGAAGAAUCCGUCUCGGCUCCACAAAAUGUUUCUGAAGACUGAAUCUGAAUUUGUUACGUACUUUCACUGGUUAUCUAUUUACUGAACCAGCUCGAGCCAGCCAGUAAGCGUCCAUUCAUUCAUUCACUCACACACACACACACACAUUCAUUCAUAAAAGGAAUUCCAACAUGUUCAAAAAUAUGAACUGCUGUGAUUGAGUUGCCCUUCAAGCAUUAGGACAUCUGCGCCUUUUUUUUCUUAAUUAUUAUUAUUAUUAUUAUUAUCUGAGAGGAGCGACGAUAUCCACCGAGACAUGGCUCGUCUGCUUGUUUUGGUCAACUCCGUGGUCCUGUUGCUUUUUGGCAGCGACAUGUUCUUGGUAGGAGCAAACCGGCCACCAGCUCCUGUCAAUGUGUCCGUCAUGCACCUGCGAGCUGACUCUGCAACUGUAUCCUGGGAGGUUCCAGAGGGAGAUAUAAUAAUUGGCUUCUCUAUCUCACAACAGAGACAGGAGGGACACAUGCAACGAUUCAUUCGGGAAGUCAACACCACCAGCCGCUCUUGUGUUCUCUGGGACCUGGAGGAGGAGACAGACUACAUCAUCCAAGUCCAGUCAAUUGGCCUCUAUGGGGAAAGCCAAGCCAGCAAAAAGGUCCAUUUUCGCACCCUCAAAAAGACAGACCGCUUCCCCUCCAACAGCUCCAAUCAAGAUGACCCCACUGUGCAAGGCCUGGACAAGUCCCGGCAUCUACAAACAGGAGAGAUGAUCAUAAUCGUGGUGGUCUUGGUCAUGUGGGCAGCUGUUAUUGCCCUGUUCUGCCGGCAGUAUGACAUCAUCAAAGACAACGACUCCAGCAACAACAAGGAGAAGGCCAAGCCGUCGUCCGAGAGGAGCACGCCGGAGCACCACAGUGGAGGGCUGCUGAGGAGCAAGUUUCAUCCCUCCGUGCCAUCGAUCAACAUCAUCGAAGUUUGAGCAGAAGCAAGCUGGAGUUAAAUUCUUCUCUCUCUCUCUUUCUUCUACCAUCAAUGCAUUUUCGACCUUUCUCACUGAUGAGGAAAAAAGCUGAAAAGGUGACUAGUUUCUGUGGGUCAGUGAAUAAGGUUGGUCAAGGCUGUCUUGCAAAAGACACACAUGCAUGUACACAGAAUUUGUAGGAAAACACUAAACUACAGAUGGAUACACACACACACACACACACACACACAGGCACACAUACACAGCACAUUAGCUAACAAAAACCUAUUCUGCAGGUUUGAUAGAACAUAAGUCAAUGUUAACCCAUGGUGCAGGUAACAUUGAUGUAUUUGCCAGGUGCUUGGUAUGUUAUUGCAAUACAAAACACACAGUACGACUUAUCAUCUCUGGGAGGCUUCGCGACUUUAAAUACGCAGUGUAUUUUUGAUAUCGGCAUGUGCGAUUAGACACCACGUUCACCUGCUGUAGACAACUCCCAUCUAAAUAAAUCAACAUUUCUUCAUUGCAAAUGCUGUUAAUAUAUUGUCUGAUCACAAACGUAUAUUAUCUGAGCACUGCGGGCAGAUUGUUAAUAAGGAGAGAAAGCAAACACAUGUAUCCAAAAUCCAUUUAUAAAAGAGGCACCACGACAACGUCUUAAUUUUUUUCUAAAUAUCAAAAUGACCAUUUUCUGGAUAACAUUGUAUUUUUUCAUAUUUCAUACAUAAACAUUGUCUGUACAUAUUUCAUGCAUUCACUAAAUGAAGUUGCAUGCAGGUCAUUUGCCUGUACUAGAAUAGCAUUUGAUGUGCAUUCUAAGUUAGAUGCCAAAUGGAGAAAUAAACAUGAUUGCAGUGCUGUGAAGCUGUUAAUGUUUUCUUCUAUUUUACCUGCUUUUAGAUCAGGACACUAUCUUUUACCAUCCAAUAGAUCUUGUACAUUUCCUGACAAUUGUAUUUCCUGAAAUGUAAAAUAAACCUUCUUUUGAAUGUCCAAUUA